GGGCCCCAUUUAUGUUACAAAGUCCACCCGGCAAAGGAAAUACAGGAUCAUAUAAAGCUACAAGGGUUCCUUCAUUUAAAACAUUUGGAUUGGUAUUAAUCAAGAAGAGUUUAAAGGCAAAUCUAAUCUUAACUUCGUUGUGAUAUUGUUAUACGACCUUUGAAGCACAAGUCUAAUAGUAACUAACUAUUAAAAAGUAUUGGAUUAUUUUGGUGGUCGUAGUAUGAAUCAGACACGCCUUAGACUAGCAGCAGCAGCAUUAUCAAGCCGAUAAGCAAUACGGGUUCACAUAUGAAAUAUAUUCAUUCGUGUGUGUACAUAUGUAUUCCAAAUUGAUAUUGUUAUGAGUUAGUGUUUUUUUUUGAUAAUUACACAGACGGAACAAUUUAAGUGGACAGUAGGCCGCAGUGUGCUGAGGUUGCCAGUUAACUGUGGAUCGCCGCCGCCGCCGUCGCCAGACUUUAACAUUAUGAAUUUCAUAUUGCGUUUCAUCGUAUUCUGCUUUGAUCCACUUGGCCUAGGACGCCGGUUCUUUAUACGUCCGGCUGUUAAUCUUACGUAUGGCGUCUAUGAACGUUUCCGGACCAAAGCCGAUGAGAAAGUGGGCACAUUACGGGAAUUGGUACUGCGUCUAGGACUCAUUUCAUUUGCAGUUGUAUUGAUCAUUUGGCUAGCCGUCUUCAUGUAUGCAGCUUUCUAUUAUGUAUAUAUGCCGGCUAUAUCGCAUACGCGUCCAGUGCACAUGCAGUUCAAAACCUGCCUGGAGACAAGCACACCUUGCACCUUUCCCCAUGCCCAUGUAUCGCUGACAAAGAAGCAACAACUUCUAAUGGUCGGCCAGGCAUAUAAGGUUAUUAUCAAUAUAGAUAUGCCCGAAUCUCCACAAAAUUUGGAGCUUGGUAUGUUCAUGGUUUGCGCUGAGAUGCGUGACUAUGAUUCGAUGCUGCGUGGUCAUUCAUGUCGCUCGGCCAUGAUGCGCUAUCGCUCUCCAUUGAUACGCAUGAUAUCCACCUGGGCUCUGAGUCCUUUAUAUGUACUUGGCUGGAAAGAGGAGUUCCAGCAGGUGCCUGUCGAGAUAUUCUCGCGUUAUUUAGAGGAACGACAGCAUCCCAUAACCGAUGUUUAUGUUGAGAUUCAAUCGCAAAAGAUACAAUUCUAUACGGUUACAUUGCAUAUUGUUGCCGAUUUUACGGGUUUGCGGUAUAUAAUGUUUAACUGGCCAGUCCUAUCGGCCAUUGUAGCCAUUAGCACCAAUCUAUUCUUUAUAUUGGUCAUCUUUUUGCUCAGCUGGUACCACUGGUCCGAUGCCACCUGGCUGCACAAUUUGCAAAUCAAAUACUCUCGGCUCACGAACACGCUGCAACGCAGUGCAAGUAGUGUGAUCCUCUCCAGCACCAGUAGUCUACGGGACGAUGAUGAGAUGAUGAGUUUCCUGGAUGAGAAGUCAUCAGAUAUUGCAGAUGUCGGCGGUAGCGGUGGCGGUGGCGAUAUCAUUAGCGAUACUGAUGAUCUAGUGGUAGACAAAUCGGGCAAAGCCAAGCCAAUCCGGACACGUGAUGCUCAGGCAUUGCGACAACGUAAAAUUAAAGAAGCCGACCAAUAGAAGGUGGUUUCCAUUGAUUUACAUAUAAAACCACCAGCACUCCCACCCCCUUCUGCACCCCGCCUGCCACCUAUAUGCCAAAAAGACUUUUAGAUUUAAAAUUAAGUUACAUAUAAAUAAUGCACAUACAUAUAUAUACAUAUGUAGAGCGAGAUCCUCAGCUGCUGGGCAGCAUUUUGCAAGGUUCGCACGGUUUUAUUGUUUUAAUUUUUUGUCGCAUCUGAAGUAUUUUUUUACGCUAUUCACAAUAAACCCGAUAUUUUGUAUAAAAUA